UCCUCUUGGCAGUAGUGUCUGAAGUUUAGAAGUUGUCAUGCAGGGGGUAGUUCCGGGUUGAUCCUUUCGUCUCGUAGUAGCCUAAAUACUACAUAUUUACGCACAGAAUGGCACUGUUAAUGGAUAAUCAGUUUGUUCCUUUGCCGGAGAGCAAAGAGGUGGCAACGAAGACGUUUUUGGAAUCUGUGUCACAUAUUCCGCCUUUCUUUGAUUGCCUUGGAUCCAAAGUUUUUGCCCCAAUCAAAUCGGAUAUCAGUGGUAACAUAACUAAAAUCAAGGCUAUUUAUGAUUCUGACCCCGAGAAGUUUGGGACACUACAGGACAUACUGACGCAUGAGAGGGGCAUGUAUGGGGCAGACUGGCCCAAAGUGGGAGCCACACUUGCCCUGAUGUGGCUCAAGAGGGGUUUGCGCUUCAUACAGAUUCUGCUCCAGAGCCUUGUAGAUGGCGAGAAAGAUGAGAGCAACCCUAACCUUAUUCGCGUUAACAUCACCAAGGCUUAUGAGCAGGCACUGAAGAGAUACCAUGGCUGGCUGGUCCAGAAGAUCUUCAAGGCUGCACUGUUUGCUGCUCCAUAUAAAUCCGACUUCCUUAAGGCCCUGUCUAAAGGUCAGGAGGUCACAGAAGAGGACUGCCUUAAGCAAGUACGCCAGUUUUUAGUCAACUACACUACCACCAUUGACAGCAUCUAUGAGAUGUUCAUCUCUAUGAACGCUGAGUUGGACUAUUCAGUCUGAGGAGGAAUAUAUUCACCACUCUGUCUAUUUCCAAAACAACCUCUUGAAUGCUGUAUAACGACCAUUGUUGAUGUUUCAUACCAUUGGGCCUAUGCCUAAAAUGGGGAUAUGGCAGAAAUAGUCUGUGAGAUGAGCAGGAGUUGGAGAUAUAGCUGCUCUGUGAUGGCAUGAGCACUGUAACUGUUGAACUUUUUGAAGUCAGCACAAGCUGCAGGAAUCAGUAUCCUUAGAUGGGACUUUCUUGUUUAAUAAAUGGUGUAAUGUUUUUUUUUUUUUUUCAAUCUUGAGGAAAUCCAAAUCAUGUGCAUAUGGCGAUACAAUAGUGCCAAAAAACACUCGCUCGAUAAAUAUACAUUCGAGCGUAUUUUAUUAUUUCGCACUCGUAAAUAUUAACUGCGAGCGCAAAUUAUCUCCGCGCGCGCGCGCAGUCAGAGGAAACUUCUCUCCGAGCGAGGAAAAAACUUCUCCGAGCGAGGAGAAAUCUGACCAGCGGGCCAAACUGUCACUCUGCUCUCUCGAAGUUGAUUUCUGCUCGCGCGCGAGGAAAGAAGAUUUCUGCUCGCGCGAGGAAAGUUUCUGCUCGCGCGAGGAAAGUUUCUGCUCCCCUGUGUCUCUACUUGGAGGCGGAACCAGGAAUGGUACUGGCUCUUCUGUCAUUGGCCGUUUCUGAAGAGUGAGAUUUAAUUGACAGCCCUCUUUACAGAAGCAACUCAAGGUGAUCUCCGAAGAAGAAGAUGCCUCUACUGCUGAGCAGGCAUUUUUUCAGGUAGGAUAACCUGGACUGAAUUCGAUGGAAAUAUGUUACUGAGAAAUAUUUUGUGCAGUGUAGGUAAUUAAUAAUCAACAUUAGUCUUUAUAUUCUAUCUAGCUAACGCUAACAUUAACUUUCAUUAGCUAACGCUAGCGAAUAGCUAACUUAAGAUCAGGCUAUAGCUAGCUCUAUGGCACUUGGUAGGCAACUCAACAGUAAAGGGGAAUGUGACCCAUUAGCUGCUACGUCAAAUUCCUGCCCAAAAGUUGCAGAGACUUGCUCGUGUUUCACGUAAGAGAUUCAAUGUAAGCGAUAUCAUGGGCAGCUUUACACGUUUUAGUACAACUGAAGCACUCAUCUUCAGGUGUUUUUGACAGUUGAAGUUUAAUGUCUCUCUAGCAGCUAGUGCAGAGCCGAUAAGCCCUAGGUAACAAUACAACAUCUAGCUAAAGAUAUAGAUAAAUCUAGGUACCUAGUCAAGGACAUGUUAGCUAGGUUUAGACUGUACUUUGUGUGUCUGUUUUUAACAUUCAUAUUUCUUACACAUUUUACUGAAACACAGAUUGAACAGGUUAUUGUGGUGAUUGUUAUUUGUGCCACUGUCACAGCACUCAAAACUUAAUGUCAUCAUUACAGUAAUUGUAAUGUGCCGUAAUUAAUUGGCAUUGCUAUUCUUGAUCUGGAUUUAGUUGAAAGUGGUCCUGUGAUAUGUUUCAUUCUUUUUCUACCUGUCUGUGCUUUGCAUCAGGUGCAUUGGAUGCGACUCAGGUGAGGACAGGGGAACUGUAGGCUCAAGUGAGAGGACUGAUGUAGCAGCUCCAGCUCUCCAGGUGCACUGGAUGCAGGUCAAGUAAGACAGAGGACCUGGAGCGACAAGUAAGAAGACUGACCACAUGCAGCGGCUCCAGCUCUCCAUAUAUUGUGUCUGGGAUACGGAUGCAGAUGCAGACUACACAAAGCACAGAAGAUGGGCCUAGAUGCACAGCUACACAACUCUAACUCUUCAAGGAUACCUCUUCUCCUGGCGCUUCUGACACACCCAAUGUGCACUUACUUACCAUGUUUUUCUCUCCUCUACCUCCAUCCUCUCCACCCUCCUUCUACCACUUUCUCCUCCUACCAGACUGAUUAUUACUUAUAAUGUAUAGGCACUUCUAUCCUUUAGCACUGACAGAUGCAGUGGUAAUUCCUACCUACAGUAUGCUCCUAACUAUGGUCUCCCCUGCACUGUAGCCUAGUUGAAAUGUUACACAUUCUGCCCAAAUGUGAGAUUGAUUCUUGACUGCAGUUCUUAAGGCAGGACACUGAGAAAACGCUAGCCACCGUCCAUCUUAGAAUAGUAAUUGGUUUAUAGUAAUUUGUACAUUGUGUUUUGGAUGUUCAUGUAUUGUACUUCCAUCAUCAUCAUAUUGUUUCCCCAUACAAUAAAAUAUGUUCCUUCCUGA